AUGGCGAGUCGGGUGACCUGCGCCGGCCUCUGCAUUCGCCACGCUCCGACCUGUCAGGCGGUGGAGUACCUCCCCUCUGAGACGGUGUCAGGAGACCGGUGUCGUCUGUACGGCUUGGCAGCGAGCGGAGCAGCCUUGGCCUCACCUCCUGGAGGUCUGGUGGUUGGUCCACAGCCGCGAACUGUCGAGAGCACUACAUCAACAGUGACGGAGACGACAUCAGAGGGAUCGACGACAGGUACCGGUUUAACGACUGAUGCGGGAAACGGAGCUGACUCGUCCACCACGACUGAAGUAGUCAGGACAUCAGCGGUUUCAGAGACAAGUCCAUCCCAGACAACAGACACGUCCCAGAAAACAGACACGUCCCAGACAACAGGCGUGUCUCAGACAACAGACAAAUCCCUGACAACAACACAAACGGUAACGACGCCAGCACCAACGACACCAGCUUCUACAACGACCCCUUCACCAACACCAGCUUCUACGACGACUCCAGCACCAACAACAACACCAGCACCAACGACGACGACACCAGCACCCACGACGACGACACCAGCACCAACGACGACACCAGCAGCAAAAACGACGCUAGCACCAACGACGACUCCAGCACCAACAACGACAACGACAAAACAAUCGCCAACAACUCCAGUGCCAACGACGACAACGGCAAUGUCGACAACAACGACACAAGGGUCCACCACCACACCGGCGCCUCCCUCGGAAACGGGCCGCAUACAGAGCUACAAGGGCCAAUACUACUACUUCUCCACCGAGACGGAGCGGGCCGACCAGGUAAACCAGCGCUGCUCGCAGCUCGUCCCAGAGGCCAGGGCCGUGUCCAUCGAGGCGACUUUGGAGAACAAUGAAAUUGUCAAGAGAAUCAACAGCGAUACUCUCAUUGGUCUGCAGCGAGCGUCUGUCAACGACAACUGGUAUUGGGUAGACGGUAAAACCUACACGUACCGCAACUUUGCGACCGGUGAGGAGACGAACGCCGAUCCCCAGAAACUGUAUGUCUAUAUGCAGGCGGGCACCGGCCAGUACGUGGCUACCACUGCUGAGACGAGAAUGCUGUUCGUCUGCAAAGACGUCGCUGCUACGACUAUCGGUGGUGGUGGUGGGUCCAUGGGUGGUGGUGGUAUGGGGUCGGGGAAGUAA